AAAGCAAACAAUUAUAAAAAUCCAAACAUAAGCUUGAAGAAACACUGAUUCCAAAGACACAUUCCUCACAAUUUGCCUGCUCUUUCCUCCUAUAUAAUAUAACUCCUCCAUUAAAGAUAUAAAUCCCUACAAAAAAAACCCAUGAUAUAAUGAGUUUACGCAAUUGCUUAUAUAUUAUCUUCCUUUGUUUCAUAUCAUUUGCUUGUCUUUGCAAUGCUAAAAAGCCCAAAAAUGGAGGUGGGUUUAAAGGGAUGUUCAUCUUUGGUACCUCAAUAUUCGAUAAUGGAAACAACAACAAUAUUAUUGGUACCUUAGCCAAGGCUAACUAUCCACCAUAUGGUGUUGAUUUUGCUGCGGGUGUAACGGGUAGAUUCUCAAAUGGGAAGAAUGUAGCUGAUGUUAUCGGUGACUAUCUUAAACUUCCAUUAAUUCCAGCUUUUGCUGAUCCUCAAACCAAAGGAGAUGCAAUCCUUCAUGGGGUCAACUUUGCUUCUGGUGGUUCUGGCAUCCUUGAUGAAACUGGUUUAGUUGUGGGGAGAGUGAUCCCCUUAAAUGAGCAAAUCAGAAACUUCGAAGGGGUAACCUUGCCAGAAUUAGAGCGCCAGCUAAGAUGUCAAAGAACAGAGAUACUCGUUGACUAUUUGUUUCUGAUUGGUGCUGGAAAUAAUGACUACCUAUUAAAUUACUUCUUACUUGGACCAAUGGGUCAGUCUCCUCAAGCCUUUGCUCAAAGACUCAUCUCUACUUAUUCUGAUCAACUCAAGAAAUUAUACAACUUGGGAGCAAGGAAUUUCCUACUGCUAUCAGUGUAUCCCUUAGGAUGCAGCCCUGUUGUGAGCAGAGGCCAAGGAUGCUUACCAGGGCCAAAUGCUGUGGUUUCCAUAUUUUAUGAUCAAUUGAUAUCAAUGGUCAAUCAGAUCAAAUCACAAAUGCCAGGUUCAGAAAUUCUUGUUCUCAAUUCUGUUAAAAUCAUGACAGACAUUAUAAACAACCCCGGUUUAGCAGGUUUGAGCAAUGUGAGUAACCCUUGUUGUGAAGUUUCAUCAAAUGGGUUGUCAUGCAUACCAAACGGCAACAUAUGUGCCAACAGGAAUAACUAUGCCUAUUUUGAUGGCCAACACAUCACAGAGUCUUUUAGCACGAUCAUAGCAACAAAGGCUUAUACAUCUUCCGACCCUUCGGAAGUUUAUCCAUUUAAUCUUUGUGAACUUGUUCAUGCUCACCUCUAAAGUUGUAAUAAUCUAGGGAUUUUAUUUGCUUUACGUUCCUUGCAUAGUGCAUUGCCAUGGAUGUCCUUUGGCUUAAAGAUAUUCCCAUGCUUCAAGUUAAUGAAGUAUUUAAGUAUUGUACUAUAUCAAUAUGUACUAGAUAAUGCAUGAAUUUGGAUGGUGACAAUUCAAUAAAAAAGUUCUUCGAGAA